AUGGCCAUGGCCUCCCCUGCCAUCGGGCAAUGCCCCUACCCGCUGCUCCUGGACAAAGAGCAGCAGCUUUUCCUGCAGAGCCUCAGCGCCAACGAGAGGAAGAAGAUCCUCAAGCGCUCGGCGUCCGGUGACAUGAAGCAGUGGAGGCGCCAGACGCCGGCGCAGCAGCAGCCCGCCGCGGGGGCUGCAGCCGGAGCGAUGCCCCAGCAGCGGGGCACGGAGCAGGGCAGCGGGCUGGCAGCCCCGCCGGGGCAGGCUGGAGGCGGCUGGGGGCCCGAGGAAGGGGAGCGCCCGCGGGGCGAAGCUGGGUGCGGGAGGCUCCUUGGCACCGCGGAGGACCCCGGCCCGGGGCGCACGGCGCCCGCCCAGCAGGACGCGGGUCCCUCGGCCGUGCCGCAGUCCCGGGAGCCGUUCGCGGGCAGCAGCGGAGCCGGGGAAGAGGUGGAGCUGGCCGGCUGCAGCCCCCAGGACCCGCCCGGCUUGGGCAAGCCGCCCCGCUCCGGGCUGCUCCACCUGCGCCUGCGGCUGCGCUCCGGUGCGCCGCGCCAGCUGCCCGACGUGCGGACCAUCUUCGAGCAGCCCCGGGACCCCCGCGUGCGGGAGGAGAAGGGGGAAGGGCACCGCUUCGAAGUCUUCGCUCUCGGCAGGGGCUGGUGCGACCUGUGCGGGGAGGCGGUGCAGCAACGGGCCCUGCGCUGCACCAAUUGCAAAUAUACUUGCCAUCAGGAAUGCAGAAGCCUGAUUCAGCUGGACUGCAGCCAACAAGGAGAGCCCCAGAACAAACCCUCGCCAGAAAAUACACUGACGCAAAACUGCAGCCAGAAUGUAACAAAAGCAGCAGCAGAAGAAAAACCCAAAGCUCCCACUACCCAGGAGAUUGAACAGAUAAUCAACAGUUACAAUGCCAAGGUUACAAACUGCUUCGUGAUGAAGCUGAAUGAGGAUGGCACUUACACGGGCUUCAUUAAAGUGCACUUGAAACUGCGCCGGCCUGUGACGGUGCCAGCAGGGAUUCGGCCACAGUCUAUCUACGAUGCCCUCAAGGAGGUGAAUCUGGCUGAUAUGACGGACAAGAGAACGUCCUUCUACUUGCCGCUGGAUGCAGUCAAGCAGCUGCACAUCAGCAGCACGACCACAGUCAGCGAGGUGAUCCAGGGGCUCCUCAAGAAGUUCAUGGUGGUAGACAACCCUCAGAAGUUUGCACUUUUCAAGUCGAUGCAGAGAGAUGGGCAAGUUCUCUUCCAGAAGCUCUCUCUAACAGAAUACCCCUUGUAUCUCCGGCUGCUGGCUGGACCUGACACAGAUGUUCUCAGUUUUGUGCUGAAGGAAAAUGAAACAGGGGAAGUUGAGUGGGAUGCAUUCUCUAUCCCAGAGCUACAAAAUUUCUUAAUGAUACUGGACAGAGAGGAAAAAGACAAAAUUCAGCAAGUACAAAAGAAGUACAGCAAGUUUAAACAAAGACUGGAGGAGACUUUGAAAGAAGCAGGAGGAAAACCUGGAUAA